AAGUGUUACUUUAACUGAGUAGCUUGACACUGGUGGUAGGAAUGGCGGCUAAGAUUACUAGAGGAAGGAACCAAAAGAAACUUUACUUCUAACGGCCCCGCUGAGGAAUUUAUUUUCAACGACACGCAGAAACACCAUCCCAUAACGGAUUAAAGGGAUAAGAAGUGCUAUAACGUGAGAAUAACGCGGUAGAUGUCCAUGCUAAGGAGGUGGACGCACUUUGCGACUUGCUAGUUAGCUUAACGUCAGUGACACUGACUUUGAUUCAAGGUAGCUGUUAGCUCGCUGUGCUACUAGCCAGCUGUUGGCUACUGGGCUUGGCUGGCCCAACAAGUUAACUAACGUUAAGUGAUUAACUGUAUGAAAACAUUCCUUAUUUGAAUAUUUGAGCGGUGAUCAGCUGUCGUUGUCAACAGAUAGUAUUAGGGUCUUAACAGAGAGUGGGAUUAGACGACAACAAGAACAUUAUUACUGCUGACCUAGCUGGUGCAGUAACGCCUGAAGUCUCGCCCAUUUUUUGGAUCCUGCCCCAGCCAUUGGCUUAGGGCUAAUCAACAGCCAAGUAGUCUGGUUUUCAGGGUCGAUUUGUACUACGAUGGAAAGUCUAACGCUGACUGAUGUCGAGCAGAAAUAUUACUCGGAUUUGUUCGUCUACUGCGACACGGACAACACCAAAAAAGUGGCUUCCAAUGGGAGAGUUCUUGACCUUUUCCGGGCGGCCCAGCUUCCCAGCGAAGUUGUCCUGCAGAUCACAGAGCUGUGUGGGGCCACUCGGCUGGGCCACUUUGGGCGGAGCCAGUUCUACAUCGCUCUGAAGCUCAUUGCCAUUGCCCAGUCCGGUCUGCCGCUGAGGGUGGAAAGCCUCAACUCAGUCAAAGACCUGCCGCUGCCCAGGUUCGUGGUGGGGAAGAAUGAGGCAGAGGCGAGGCACGCAGCGCUGUACCAGGACGCAGACAGUCAGGGGUUGUACCCAGCUUCUGCCGCCGCAGUAAUGCCCAGACCACCAGGCAGGGGUUUCCAAAACAAGAAAGCUCCCCCAUCAUCCACUUCACUUCCAGCCCACGAGGUCAUCCAGCCCCUGGCACCCAGCAUAGACCCACAGCCCGAACCGACGUCCCCCGUGGUCUCCCCUCACCAGUCUCCCCCCACCUCCCCUCCCUCGUGGAGGAAACACAAGCGGCAGCCCAGUGGAGGAAACGCAGACAGACAGCCGGUGGUGGUUCCAACUGGAGCUGUGUGGACGCAGUUCAGAGAACCACAAGCAGGUCCAGUGCCCGGUGAAGGCAUGUGGCCGUCCCACUCGCCCCCGCCUCUGAGUCAAGAAAGCUGGGUCAGUUUCACAGCAGACACCCCGCCAUCCAGCGCGAUCCCAGGAAUGCAUCCCUCGUCAGUCCAGGAAAGCACAACAAUACGAACUGUGGCCUCAGCAGCAAUGACCAAUGAGAUCCAGCGACAGUCCAGCGGCUACGACGAUCCGUGGAAGAUCACGGACGAGCAGAGACAGUAUUAUAUUAACCAGUUCAAAACCAUCCAGUCAGACCUCACCGGCUUCAUACCUGGUUCAGCUGCAAAAGAGUUCUUCACCAAAUCCAAACUACCGAUUUUAGAGUUAUCACAUAUUUGGUUAGGGCAGGAUGACAGUAGAUGCAGAUUGCAACCAACUGAUUACCCCUUCCCUCACCCCUCCCUUUUCAAGGAGCUGUCAGACUUCGAUAAAGAUGGAGCGCUGACCCUGGACGAAUUCUGUGCCGCCUUCCACCUGGUUGUGGCCAGGAAGAAUGGCUACGACCUCCCUGAGAAGCUGCCUGAGAGCCUGAUGCCAAAGCUGAUUGACCUGGAUGACUCAGCAGAGGUUCCGGAGCAGGCUGCUGACGUUGGAUACUCAGGCUCCCCGGUGGAGGUCACCCCCAGCAAGUCUCCCUCCAUGCCUUCCCUCAACCAGGCCUGGCCAGAGAUGAACCAGAGCAAUGAGCAGUGGGAGACGUUUAGCGAGCGCUCCUCCAGCUCACAAACUCUGACCCAAUUUGACUCUAACAUUGCACCAGCUGACCCUGACACGGCCAUCGUGCACCCAGUUCCCAUCCGGAUGACACCCAGUAAGAUCCACAUGCAGGAGAUGGAGCUGAAGAGAACUGGCAGCGACCACAACCACCCGACCAGUCCACUGCUGGCUAAACCUCCCGAACUGUCUGAAGAAGCCCAGUUACCUGCCUCCAUGAAGUUUGUAGCCGCCAACACUGUAGGUGAUGGUUACAGCAGUUCAGACUCCUUCACCUCAGACCAGGAGCCGAUCACAAGACAACGGUCUCAGUCGGGAACGUCUCCAGAGGCUCUGAAGGUGGUAGCCCCCCCUCCACCUCCCCCCCGCCCCCACCCCUCUCACUCUCGCUCCUCGUCUCUCGACAUGAACCGCACCUUCGCCGCCGCAUCUGCCGCAGGACAACCACAAUCCUCUACGAUAGCUUACCCGCCCGCUGUGCCCCCUCGACCGCUACCCACACAGACGUCAGCACCACACACCGGGCAUCGUGCGGAGGCAGAGGGUGCAUCAGGAGGCGGCGCGGCACUCACCACCACCUCCCCCCAACAGAUUCCUCAGCAGCCCAAUUUCGCCGACUUCAGUCAGUUUCAGGCCUUCGCUGCAUCUGAACAGCCUUCCAGCCUGCCGGAGGUUGACAUGCACAGUGAGCCUGGACAGGUGGAGAAGUCCUCAGAGGGAGCCGGCCCUUUAAGAACAGUCAAGAGUGACGGCCAAGUAGACGAGAGAGUCUCAGCUACUGUCAACUCUGCCAAAGGUUCUGUGUCUGGUCCACUAGGGCCUCCUCCAAAACCUGUGCGCCGAAGGUUGAAAUCUGAAGACGAGCUACGACCGGAGGACGAGCAACACGGUCCACAGAAAUUAAACGUCAUAGCAGCUGUCCUAGCGACUCAGCCGUCCAUCCCCAGGUCAGUAGGAAAGGACAAAAAGGCGAUCCAAGCUUCGAUCAGAAGAAACAAAGAGACAAACACAGUGUUGGCACGACUUAACAGUGAACUGCAGCAACAGCUGAAGGACCUUCUUGAAGAGAGGAUAUCCCUGGAAGUCCAGCUGGAGCAGCUCAGACCUUUCUCUCAUCUUUAACCAACGUGAAGCUGUAGUCCAUCUGAAGCAAAGCUGUGACCCUCGGUGUGACUCUCCCUCCAUCCCUCCCUCCUCCUUCCACCAUCUCGGCUUUCCCUGGAGCCUCCGACCUGCUGCAGGGUGCUCCGUUAAUACUCUUGCGCUCAACUAACACUUGUAUUAAUCAUAAACCGAAAGGACAUGAGAGCAAAGUCUUGCCAAGAGGAGGAGGUGACAGGAGCAUGGGGGGCGGGGGGAUUUUACAAACUGGCACUUUUCAAAUUUCUCUAAAGAGAGGUGAACGCGAGGACAACAGUGGACUGAGAAACGGUUAAGAGUGACUGACAAGACGCUCCAACUGCGAGUGCCAUCUGAAGACAAACUGCUGGUGUCUGAUUACUCUCUGAAUGACUGAAGAAGGAAGGCGGAGUGUGUUUGUCGUGUGUGUGUGUGUGUGUGUGACCGUUUGUGUAUUUGUGUUUCUGUUUAGUGACUUGAAGCUAGCAACAAUAUGUUUAUUCUGUCUUGGGGUGCUCUGCCGCACAAAACUCCUAAAUUAAAAGAAGCCGUUUAGUAUUUUUUGGGGGAAAUGCGCUUCUUCGCUUUCUUUUUUAGAGUUGGAUGAGAAGAUCCAUAUCAAUCUCAUGUGCGUUAAGUACAGAGAUGGAGGCUGCGAUUAGCUUAGCUUAGCUUGGCAUAAAGAUUGGUAGCAGGGGGAAACUGCUAUCCUGGCUCUGUUCAAAGUUCAAAACUACACCUACUAUCACCUCUAAAAUGAAUAUGUUAAUAUGGUGUCUGUCGUUUGUUUAAUCUUAACAAAAACAGAGCAGUAAAAACAACAAUUUGUAAUUUUGGGUCGAGUUAAAUGCUGAAACUGCUGGAAAUGAAGGAAAGUGUAUGUGUAUUUCCAAAAAAGUUGAACUAUUCCUUGGUCUUCUCACUUAUUGGUGUAUCUACUUUUCUACUGCUGAUAAUACCUAGUCAAAACGGGGCAAUAAUUGUGGAAAACAGGACUCUAAAAGCAUUUCUGCUUUAAAUAUCAUCAAAGACCGUCUCUUUCCUGAACAUUUGCCUCCCGAAUGUCACCAUUUUCAAAUAAUCCGUUAAAAAAUAAAUCACAGAGACAUGCUGCAACACAUAUUAGAGGCUUUGAAAACAUGAAAACUUCUACACCAGGAAUCUGCCAGUAAGCAAGGAAUGUAAAAUUGACUUUUUUUUUACUGGAGUUUUGGUGUGGUCAGUCUCUCCAUAAAAACAUACUGGGCUACUUCUGGACAGGAUUUUUUUGUGUAUGUUUUUGUGAGGCCUUUAAUGGCCAAAUCAUUAUGGUGAAGGCUUUUUUUUUUUACUCAUCUUGUGACACAAAUUUAGCCCACCUCUCCUUAAAUGGAAACACGUCUUCUCUCUCUCUCUCUCUCUCUCUCUCUCUCUCUCUCUCUCUCUCUCUCUCUCUCUCUCUCUCUCGUCUUACUGCCCUUUGAAGUCUACAUAUGUGUGUGUUGAUGGCAUGAUGCGGUGAAUGAAUGUCUUGUUUUUUUAUGUUACACAGUGUUUGGGGUUUGAUGUGACUGAAUGGUUUAACUUUAUGCCAAAUGACUGAACUAUCACUCUGCUCUUUCACCUCGACCUGGGCUUUGUUUUAAAAAAAAAAAGAAAAGAAAUGACAACUCUUUUCCCUUUCUUCACGUUUCUAUUGAUUUAUUUCCAAACCUAGCUGUGUGUCAACAUCUCAGCUUUCUUUUUAAACAUGUUAUACUUGGGUUGCUGCCGUUAUUUCCCCGUCUUUUACCUUCACCUGGAUGGGAAACCAUUUAGCCAAAACAGACAUUUACUUGAAGGGUUUGAAGAUAUACCAGCUGCUUGACUGCAGGAGGCAGCAAUUACUGUAUGAAGAAUUGUGCUGCUGAUCAGUGAGACGUUUUCCUGUGACUUUCCGAUCAGCAAAAACAAAUGCACAAAUCCAAACUGAUGGUGCAGAUAUGAGUUUAAGAUAUUCAGCUGUUUUCCAAUCGGGCAGUCGGCACUAUGCAAGUACGGGCGAUGCAUCCUCACACACCACCUAUACUUAGCUGUUUGUACUUGGUCAUUGUCAUUGGUUUGUAUUAUGAUAGUAGCAACUGUGUGAACAGUAUACUGGUUUUUGUAUCUUAGAUCUUCCAGAACAACUGCUGUAUGCUUGUGAUUUAUUUUGCCCACACACACACACACACACACACACACACACUUUCCACCCUAAAUCUGAUGAAGCUCAACAGGACGACAGAUGGAGACCAGUCAACAGAACGGGAGACCUGAAUGACCCAACUGCACUUUGAACUCAACCUCCCUACCCUCCUUAUUUCUUUUUGUAUUUUUUGUUACAUCCCUCUUACAUCUGCUUUCUUUUAACGUUUGCAUUUUGUUCUUGUCUUUCACAUGUAUUUUAAAAAAAAAAAAAAAAAAAAAAAAAAAAAUGCUUUAAGAAGAAAAACAGAAUAAUGAACCACUUAAGUUUUUAUUUCUUCAGCACAUCCUUGGAAACUAAGAGGUUUUUGUGCCAGUACCCUCAAUAUCCCGUCUUGUUUGGUUAGGUUUUUUUAUUUUUAUAAAUGUUUUUGUCCCUGGAACUUCCUGUGUGUUCUUCUAAAGCCUUACCCCACCGUAAGUUGUUUCCAUGGUGACUGGCUGACCUCUCUUCCUUGUCGUAUCAAGGCUCGCCUCCUUUUUUCGUGUGUGUGAGUGUGUGUGUGUGUGUGUGUGUGUGUGUGUGAGUGUGUGUGUGUGAGAGAGAGAACUAAUACCAUUUAAAAACCUUCAUGUGGGAUGGUUUGUUUGCUAGCACAAUAGCUCCCCAUUCAUCCUCAAACCCUAAAGGCAAUCCAGGCAGGCAGAAGCAAUCACAAAGUCUUUGGUGGGAUUUUGAAUGCUAUUUGAACCCAGAUCUGUGUUGUAUAUUGUACAUGAUACACACUUUUGGACUCGUGUAAAUUUGCAUUAAUUGCUGACUAACAGCGAAAGAAUAUUAUAUUUAAUUCCUUCUCUCUUGGCUGUGGGAUCCUAGAUGUUUAACUGCAUGGAUGUACUGUAUCUCUGCAGAGUCAACUAGCAGCUGUGUGAUUUUUACACAAAAAUAAAAACGGCACAAUAUUUUAAA